GUGGAAAAGCAAAGUAAACAAACAAACAAAAAAUCUGUUGAGAUGUUUUCAGUGGGGUGGGAUGAAGGGAGAACACCUUUAACGAGGAUAACUAGUGGUUGUCAAUCAAAGCCUGAAAAAUAAAAAACAGCGAAGGACUGCAGCUACCGUUCUGAACAGUAACUGUGCUCUGAAAUAGGGAUUGCUUGCUAUAUGCUAUUGGCACAAAAACCAUCUGGAAUCCUGUUCCGAGGCAGUUUGUACAGACUCCCUUAUUGCUUUGGUGGGCGGGCUCUGAGGAUAAGCAGGCUGCCUUGGCUUCCGAAGUUUGUAAGAGAAGCAGGAAAGGCCGUGGAGGAGCGGUAGCAGAGUGGAACCAAAGGAAGCCAUCCUGGUUUGCUUUCCCUGCGGAACGGAAUGUGCAGCUCUCCCCUUGGCUAAGCUUGUGUGCAUAGCGUUUGCAGGCGUCCCCAGUCUCUUAUCCGUUGCAUGAGGAUGACUUGACAGAGGGUGAAGAUCCGAAGUUCUUGUUCAUGUAUCUCAGUGAAACUUUUAGCAUGGAUAACAAAGAAGUCUGGAGCAAAUUCGCCAACCAUCUGCUAUCCCAUGAUUAAAAUAUCAAAAAUGAAUAACUAAUAAUCUGAAAGACAGUUUGUUGUGCAUUUCAACACGAUGAGCCGCCGUGGCAACAAUUGGGCCUACACUGAGGUCAUUGACCUCCUGGAUAUAUGGGGAGAGCAGAAGAUCCAGAAGCUGCUUCAGAGCAGCUACAGAAAUAUGGACACGUUCCAAGUAAUUGCAAGCGAGAUGGCAAAGCGUGGACAUGAGCGUACUGCCCAGGAAUGCCGGACCAAGACUAAAACUAUGCGAAGGGAUUACAAAAAGGCCAAGGACAAUUCCUCUUUGAUGGGCGGACGUAUGACUUGCCCUUUUUAUGAGCAGCUUGAUAGAAUAUUGGCAGGCGAUUCUAGUUUCCAGCUCCCAAGGAGGCUAGCAAAUGUUGCUCUGCCAGAGGAAUCAUCAGGGGAUACCAAUUCUCCAUGUCCUGUGGCAGAGGGAGCAGUGCCAGUGGCGACCGAGGACUAUAGCGAGAGCCAGGACCAGUUUGCCCCAUGCACACAGAUAGCUGUUGAGAUCUCUGAUGCUGCCACACCCAGUCCCAUGUUCUACAUGACAAAGGGAGUCUCUGCAAAGUCUGCAAGCAUGUCUUGGCCAGCAGCAAAAGCUGAUCACCCAGCUCCCUCCCUAUCCUCUAUGUUCUCCAGUAAUCCAGGCAGCUCAUCAACCAAAGGUUCAAGAAUGGAUGCAACUGUAGCACCCUCAUCGGCAUUGCUGCCCAACUACACAACUCUUUCUUCCGAAGGGCGCCUAACCAGAGUCAGAAAGCGCCAAAGAAAAACCAGAAAUGACUUGGUCAUGGAAUUGUCACGAAUAGCAGACAGGAGGGUUCAGAUCACAACUGACAGGAUCCUGUCAUCCUUGAACAGAUAUGCCACAGCAGACUUGCAAGACCGCGAGAGAGACCGGGCAGACACUGCGCAAAUUAUUGCCAUCAUGCAUCGUCAGACGGAAUUGCUGGAAUCGCUGGUGCAGAUGCAAUCUGUCGAACAGACACCAGUAUCCCCUGUGCCCUCAUGGCAUGCUCGGCCACGUUCUGCAAUCUCCCCUCCUUCCCGCUCAGGUGUCUCGAGGAGGACGCUAGUGCCCAGGGUGAACCACAGGAGGAGACCACAGAAGUACAGCCCUUAAUUGUACAACUGAGGAAGCAGAAUUCAUAGGAAAAGUUGCUGGGUGCCACUUGAACAAUAUAAUAUGUUACUGACAGCCUAUACCCAGAGGCAUUUAUAUUAAUUGCUGGGGAUUUUAACGCUAGAAUAAGACAAAUGUUGAGGCAUUAUAUGCUGCUAAAGCGUCAACCCUAUCACUUGAGAGUAGGCCCCUUUGAACUCAGUGGGAUUUACUUCUGAGAAGACAUGCAUAGGAUUGUUCUCUUAAGUGUUUGGAUUUAAAUACUCUGGAAGAUUAUUUUGUAACAUCCAUCCAAAGACACCAAAAUUAAUGAUCAGGUUCCUUAUUGGCCCUGUGGGUUAGACACUUAGGUGCUAAGAUCUUGAAUGGCUCCUCCCCUAGUUAUGUUGAUGGAUGUUGCCAUUUGGCUCCCAAUAUUCUGGGUUUUGAUGAUUCAGUCUUCUACUCCACCUUGCUUUCCACCUUGCUUCCACCUUACCUUUCUUUGUUUUGUAUUUCUUAAAAUAUUAUUUAAGCAUUUAAUUCCCUCCCCCUGUUUAAUUUACCAUGUCCCAUUAUCAUCUGCAAGGCAGUAUAAGCACACGAUGGCUAGGGCAAACUAGAGGUCAGCAGUCUCCCUUUUCUACUCAGCUUGACUCUUUUGUCCUCUGUGGAUAGGUGGGUCUAGCUUUCCUCUUCUGUGCAAACAGGAUAAAGAUGAUGGGCAUUGCUAUGGGCAUAUGUACAUGAAAUUGUAUAUUGCACAGGGAGGAAAUAUAAGUAAGCCAAUAUCAAGCAUUUAUUUAAUGCUAACAGUAACCUAGCUGAAGUAUAGACCAGAACAGUGAUAUACUUAUGUUUGCUAUGGGUACCUCCACAUAUGACAUUGAUGUAGUCAGGGCUUGGUACUUUUCUGCUGAAUAGUAGGAAGAAAAGCUACUUGUUUAAUCCCUCUUUUUCCCAAUUCAUCCCUUUUGUAAUACAUAAAAAUCUUUCUUUUCCUAGCUAAAAGCAUGACAUCUGCCGCACAACUAUGGCAUAGCCUGUGGGGUGGGCAGGUGAGGAACUGGUGUGUGCCGAUGUCACUGGUGUACACAGGUUUUGAAAACUGGUGCAGACAUGGCCUUUACUGUUUAUGUUAGGUAGAAGAGAUGGGUGCCAAAGGAGAAGUUACAGAUGGAUAAGAAGUCUGAAAGAGGAAAGCGAAAUGACUUCAUCAAUGGAGGGCAGGCAAUUCUAGGCCUAGAGAAGGAGAGAGGUGUGCAUUAGACCUGGAGAUGGCAAUGCAUGAAAAAUACCGUGCAGGCUGAUUUCAGCCUGCAUAGGAAAGUGAGGAUAAAAAAGAGGAGAUACAGGGAAUGGAGAAAGGUAGAGACCAGUAAAUGCAAAGACUAAAAGCUUAAUGCUGGAUGUCACCAUCAAGGGGGAUUCAGUGCAGAAACUGCAGGUGAGGGUGAUAUGAUCAGAAUAACGGAAGCAAGAGUUCUGUUAGGUUGCUUCUGGAUGACAGCUCUUCCCCACAAUGGUAGUACUAAAUAGGAAGAAGAGGAGCAAAGUAUCUCACAGGAAAAGUUCCAUCUAGUCUGCAGGUUUGGCUCUUAUAUUUUGCACCACUUUUGCUCUGUAGCCUGUGCCAAUCACACUAGUUUGUUUGGACUAAAGCAAUAAACCCAGGGAAUUGACACAACAACCAACUAGGUUGCUGACUCAGGGCACACCAAUUGAGUGUGCCUGCCACUCUCCGCAAUCACUGCAGAAAACAACAAUGUAAAACAAAGUCACACAGCAGAGAAGGCACCCAAAGUAAUGAUCUUAAGGAAAAUGGUCAACUAUACAAUAGGAACAUGUGAACCACGAUGAAUGAGAACAGUGGCUUUAAAACUUAGUUCCAGGGAUCCUUCAAUGAGAAAAAAAAUUAUGGUGGACAGUUUUUCCUGGGAGAGGUUGCUUGCUACUGUUGAUUUUCCCGCAAUAUGCAGAUACAGAAGGGGGGGGUAUGUUCUAGGGCAUACACUUGGAUCACAUGGGGCAGUAGAGAUAUCCUACAGGCCUGGCCAUUGAUCGUUUUGGGUUGCUUAAGCCCUACAGCACGCCCCCAAAUCCUUGGAAGAUGCUUGGAGCAGGAGUUAGUGUAAGAAAUGUUCUGAAGAUAAAUUUCAAAACCACUGGGGCUAGAGGGAAUGUAUGUAAAGCCAAGCACCUUUAACUUCUUGAAAUAUGAGAGGUAGCCAAACUGAGCAGUAACCAGUUAUCUAGAAUAAUGAAUGAAUGGGCUUACCACAGACCUUUAGAUAAUGGGGAGCAAAUUAUUUUGGCCUCCAAAAGGUAAGAGCAACAGAUAAACAUAGCACCUCCUAUGGGUCUGGCAGUGGGUGUGGAAGGGCCCUUGUUUCAGGGCAAGGGUUCUGUUGAGAAACAUAAGGGAUAUCCUAGGUUAGAAUUGUAUUUUAGCUUUUUUUUUGUAAUGGCAAACUUCUGUUCUUUGCUUGCUUGUGUUACACAUUC